GGAGAACUCUAUUCUUUUGGAAAGAAAAUUAUAUUCCCUGGACAGCCGGCUGAUCCUUCGCUGCUCUCAGUUCGCGAUUGCGUCGACGAAAGAGGUAGAACUGAUUUGAUCCCGUAUAAUGGACGGCGAGAAGGUAGACAAGUUUGGAGCUUCUGAAGAGUCCAUUAGCAAGAACCCUAACCUAAGCUCUGGCAACAAUAACAAUUCCCCGCCGGAGGUGGAAGUCCACCUCUUUCGGAGGGGUCGAGGACCGAUCGAUGUCUUUAGAUCGAAGCUGGGUGGUUGGGAACAGGAUCGCCUCGAGGUUCAAGAUAUCCUCGAUAAGUACGGAUUCAAGUCGCUCUUCGCCUACAACUCAGAGUCUGGGAGGGGCGUCCCAAUCCGCUUCAGCCCCCGGAACGGUCGCUCCAUUCUCUCUUACGCUAAUGGAUCGGUCGUCAUCGUCGAUGGAGAACCAAAGGAUUCGUUUGUUAAGCCCAUGACCAAGAUUUUGGUCGGGGUCGCGGUGCUAACCCUUCUGAUAGCAAUUUUAUAUAAAGAAAUCCCGGAAUGGUUUAUGGCGUCUAAAAUUCUUAGUGGAACUUUCCCUCCUUGGGUUCUUGCUUGCAUCGUCAUCGUCUUUACUCGGUUAAGGAAGAGAACCAAGGAUGUAUUAAAGAAGUAUGGGUGGUGAUAAGGAUUCAUAACAGCUAUCUGCUUUUUGGAAAAUAAGGCUUCUUUGUUGCUAUCCACUGAAGAUGAUGGAUGAUAGAUUUCAUGACACUUGAGCUUAGAGUGAUGCUGAUGCCUCUACAUUCAUUUAUUAAGUUACAUGGUUGCUGCUUGCUAGCAUUGCUCUCUAUUUCAUUAGGAAGCAUGUGUGGUUGAUAGUUGACAGUAUGAUGGAUGAUAAUCUUGUGUACAAUUACUGAUGAUAAAAAUAUAUGUAGUAGCCGAUCUCUGCUAAUUAAGAUUCAUGAUUUCUUGCUGUGGUAGUAUUCUUUUAUUUUGCAUUAGAGGGAAGUAAAUAAAUAAGAUUGUUUUAUGUUGGCUCA